AUGCCCUUUCGCCAAACUUCACUAUGGAUACUCCAUUGUCACUGUUUAGACAUGUCGACCAUCAAUACCCUCUUUGAUUAUUUCUCUAGUAUAAAUUCAUCCAAGAGUUCAAUCCAUGGCUACCUAUUCAAUAAUUAUAAUGUAUCGAUGGUGGAUUUUAUAUACCAAGACAAUCAUACACGUGAUCAACCUUCAAUCCACAAUCGUUCUCUCGCUUCCCUCUUUUUAUUCUCCUUCUCUAAUUUUCAUCAUCAAGAAUGGCUCUUUCCUUCCCUGAGGACCGAUGAUAUUCCUUAUGGCUUCAAAACACCUUAUUUCAUAGUUGGAUAUUAUCCUGCGCAAUAUUCGACGCAGUCGGAUCACACAACAAAUGGGAUAUCGAAUGAUGAUGAUCAUCAUUAUAGUAAUAAUCAAUCUUUAGAACAGGAUGGAAAUAAACUGAAGCAGUGGAAGUACUUCAUGUUGAAUGGUGACAAGCGUAUCCUAAAGAUGCUGAAAGAUUCUUACGAAAAAAUGGUUAUACUUGGCUGCAAACUCAAUCUAGCGACAAAAUAUCAUUUACAUCAAGCUGGAAAGUCCAUGAGAAACUUCAUCCUAUCCAAUUUGAAGUUACUGCCCAUUAUCAUCCUUGUUGGUACCGGUUUUCUAUUUGAGUUUGUAAAAGGUAUCCACUUGGCUUGGUCUAUUCUUUUGGAACUAUGGAUAUGGAUGAUAUCCAGAACGACAAUAACAAUAAUAAAAAUAAGAAGAUAUGAAUGA